AUGAAUAUGUUGGAUGAUGAAGAUGACCAAAGCUUUCACGCUACGCGUGACGGCUACUCUCAUUUGAGCGAUGUUGAAUGGGAUGCGGUUGAACGGAUGGGUUCAACCAUGGGCAUCCAUGCUAUUAGCGUCAUGCUAGAGGCUCUCAAUAGAGAUGCCCAACAUGCUACUAUCGCCAAGUUCAUUCAAAAUGAACUUGGCGCUGAACGCGAGAAAGUAGCCUUGCUCCACCAACAAGGUUCUCAACAAGCAGAGCUGUUGAGAGAACAGGGUGCUCAACAGUUUGAACUGUUGAGACAGCAGCAGGCUGCUGCUGGUGGGUCGAUGCACUCGUGUCGACCCGAGACCUUGAAGAUUGACAUCUCCAAGUAUAGGGGAGUCGAAGAGGACUCCCUCUUGAGAUGGUUCGUCGAAUUGGAUGACGCCAUAAGGGCGCGUCGCAUCGAAGACGGGGAUAUGCAAGUUGCAUUUGCCCAGUCAAAUCUGGCAGGACGUGCCAAGACUUGGGCGCUAUGA